CUCUCUCUCUCUCUCUCUCUCUCUGUUUCUAUCUAUCCUGCCUUUAACGUUUCUUUGAAAACUAUAAGAAAAAGCAGAGACUUCGGAUUCCUUUUUCUUUUCUAAGAAGAGAUAGAGAGAGACAGAGAGAGAGAGGUUCGUUUUGCAUCCCUGAGAUCAGCGGCGGAGUUAUAACGACGGGGGAAUCAUGCAAACGUAGUCACCAACGAAACCGUCUUUCUUCCCGGAGACAAAGAGGCAGCGAUGAUUGUCUCUGUUUCUUCGUUUUCUCUCUCCGAUCUGGCCUCGCUGAUCCGGUGAAGAAGAAGAAGAAGAAGCUCCCCGCCGAUCGAAUCUUGCAGCUCCUUCUUUUCUCGAAAGAGAUUUCUUUUCAAUCAUUUCGUCGUUUGAUCCAUCGAUUUCAUCGAGUUUUUGGCAUGCUGUAAAAAGAGAGAUGUCUUUUAAAAGCAUCCUUCGUGAUCUGAAGGAAGUGAGGGAUGGACUUGGAGGGAUCUCUAAGCGAACCUGGUCAAAGUCUUCCCACAUUGCUCCUGAUCAUACAGUGACACCGUCGGAGAACAUCCCUCAGAGCCCCUGGGCUUCUUUGCCGCCUGAGUUGCUCCAUGAGAUUGUCAGGAGGGUUGAAGAGAGCGAGGCCGCUUGGCCCGCUCGAGCGGCCGUUGUCUCUUGUGCUUCUGUCUGUAAAUCGUGGAGAGGAAUCACAAUGGAGACUGUGAGAGUCCCUGAGCAGUGUGGGAAACUCACUUUCCCUAUCUCAUUGAAACAGCCGGGUCCGCGAGACCUUCCUAUUCAAUGCUUUAUUAAAAGGAACAGAGCAACAGCUACAUAUAUUCUUUACUAUGGCUUGAUGCCUUCUGAGACGGAGAAGGACAAGCUAUUGUUAGCAGCAAGAAGGGUUAGAAGAGCUACAUGCACUGACUUUGUAAUCUCGCUUUCUGCAAAAAACUUCUCACGGAGAAGCAGCACUUAUGUUGGCAAGCUAAGGUCUGGUUUUCUAGGAACCAAGUUCACAAUAUAUGACAACCAAACAGCAUCAUCCACUGCACAAGCUCAACCUAAGCAAGCAUCUCCUAAGUUACCUGCUACAAGCUAUACCUCAGGAAGCAUAACCUACGAGCUCAAUGUUCUUCGGACAAGGGGACCUAGAAGAAUGCAUUGCGUUAUGGACUCUAUACCACUCUCUUCUGUUAUCUCUGAGCCAUCAUUAGUUAAAGAAGAAGUAUCUUCAGGCGAAACCAGCUCAACACACAAAGAGAAUAUCUCUUUGGAUCAGCCGCUGGUUCUCAAAAACAAAUCCCCGAGAUGGCACGAGCAGUUGCAGUGCUGGUGCCUCAACUUCAAGGGGAGAGUGACCGUUGCUUCGGUCAAGAACUUCCAGCUUGUGGCAGACAUUGACCCUUCUUUAGAUGCGCUGCCUGAAGAGCAUGAGAGAGUGAUCUUACAGUUUGGCAAAAUCGGCAAGGACAUUUUCACCAUGGAUUAUCGUUAUCCUCUCUCUGCUUUUCAAGCUUUUGCUAUAUGCAUCAGCAGCUUUGACACCAAACCGGCUUGCGAAGGUUAAAGUUGACUGCUGAGUGAAAUCCAAUUAUCUCUGCAAAUCAUCCAUCAUAGAAGGCCUUUCUGAUCUUCUUUGAGCCAUGAAAAUGCUUUUUGUAUUAUGCUUUAAAACUGCCUAUCCUAAUUCACUGUGACGAAAACUUGAUGGGGCUCUUCGGUGGAUAAGCUUUAAUGAAUGUAAUGAUUGUUGUAUCCAACGUAAUAUAUAAACAGAAAGCUUUACACAACAA